UAUAUUUUUUUAGGAUGUGAAAAUGGCAUUAUUAUUGUUAUAAUUAUCAUUAUUAUUAUUAAAAGAAUGUACCUUAUAAUACUUUAUAGCUUCCCCGCUUGCAGCAUAACUACAAACAACACAGUAUUGUGUUACAUUUGUGUUGUUACUGUGCAUGGCAAGUAUAAGAAUUCUCCAGGCUGUGUGAAAUAUUACUGGCUGAGGGUAGGGCAGAGAUGUUCUGGAAAAAAACAAGCAACACAAUUUCCACCAGCAGUGACAAUAAGAGCGAGCUCUCUUCAAACAGCUGGCUGUAAACCUUCAACCCAGCACAGUAGUUCUUGCCUUCAUACAGGUCAUUUGUGAAUAUGGCCAGCUGGAUCAGUGAAGACAGGUUCACAGCAAACAGAAAUGACUGGGAAUGGGACUUUGAUUUGAGUUCUCAGGAAGUCAGGAACCCUUUCAGAUCUUCAAACCACAUUUUGCUGUCUGAGUUUGACUUGUGGGAAAAGUCUCUCUUUAAAUCUCAGUCCUCAGCUUUGAGUUGUGUAGGUGUGUCUCGAUCAGAUCACAGCUCCAAAAUCAGCACCAGCUCCAUUGGCAGUCAGUGUGGGAUGAAACACAGUGAAACAGCUGCCAGGCAAAGAUGGCAAUCUGCCUCACGUCGUGCUCCAGAUGGGGCCCCCAGAUCCCAUUCUGAGUUUGAGAAACGAAAUGCCCUAGAAGAGAGCAGCAUGAGGAGGACCGAGCUCAUUCAGAGGCUCCGGGAGGUUUACAGCCGUCUGGACACACAAACAGACCUGCUGAAAGCCAAGGAGAGCCAGCUUCAGCACAGCCAGAGCACUACCCAGCUUCUGGAGCUUAAGCAUAAGCAGCUGGCAAAGGCACUGAGUGUUGUUGAGGAGCAGAAAGAAGCAGCUGAGUUAGGUCGCUUUGAGGAGAGCUGUCGCAGCACAGACCUGCAAGACAAGGUGCUGCAGCUAGAGAUGGACAUUUUGAAGAUGAAAUCUAGCCUUGAAAGCAGGAGCACUGCUCAAAUCUCAGCAUCACAUUCAAAGCCACACCUUGGCAAGACCAUGCCUGUAACAAAAGAUGAAUUUGUAAGAGAGAAAAAGGCUGACCGGGAAAUGAAGAAACUCGAAGAAGCCCUCGGGGAGGCAGAGGAGAGAGCCGCGAGCAUAGGGGCUGAAAAGGACCAUGCAUUAAAACAACUCCGAAACUAUAAAGAGGAUCAGCAGACGGUAUUGAGCCAGAUGGAAGAGCUGAAACAGAGGUUUAGCAUGUCCUUGGCCAUCCAGAGUGAGUUGCAGGACCAGCUCAGCGAGACCCGCAGUCGCCUUGGCCAACUGGAACUGGAAAAUGAACUGCUUACCACCAAAGCACUGCGAUUGGAAGACAACAUAGAGGACCUGAAGUCAAAGCUAUCCAACGCUUUAGCUGAGAAAGAUCGCCUGGUGCAGGAGAAAGCUGAACUGUACCAAAGAGUGCAAAGUUUGGAACUAGAGCUGCAAAGAUCCCAGCUGGGCAGAGAGGGCUUUACUCAGCAGGUGUGUGAUCUCCACUCUGAGCUGACUCAGACCAAGAGCCAGGCCAGCCAACAACAGCAGAGUGCCUUAUUAAUGAAAGAGGAACUGCAAUCCGUCAGAGAGGCGAAUGAGAAACUGUCAGCAGAUUUGGCCACAGCCACAGAGAGGCUUCAGGAGACUCUACAGCAUCUACAUGAACUGGAAGCAGAAAAGCUGAUCCAAACCAAUCAGAUAGCUGCGCUGGAGACUGAGCGUUUGCAGUUGAUUGGAGAGAAAGAGGAGCUGAUGGACGUGUUUGACCAGGGAGAUCAGAAAGAGCUAAGAGAUCUGAGGGAGAGAUGCUGCCAGCUCAGAGAAUUACAGGAAAUGUUGGAGUAUGAGAAGAAGGAACUUGAGGCACAUUGCCAGGGCCUGGAAAAGAAAGUACAGAAUGUUGAGGCAGAAUAUGGGCUUAAAGAACAAGAGCUGAAGCUCAUGGAGGAGAAGAUGGAGCAAGAGAAGGAAGAGCUAAAGAGAGUGGCAGCUCAUUGGAAUGAGCGAUGGCUGGAUGUUGCGAUGGAAUUGCAGACUACGCAGGCCCAACUAGAAGAGACCAAGAAGCAACAACAAGAGUCUGAUGCACUGAGGGAAGAGGCAGCAGAAAUGGCAAUCAAGCUGGAGACACUUGAGUCAGAGAUGAAAGACAGGCAGAAUCUGAUCCAGAGAUUGCUAGAAGAGAAGACACACUAUGAGAACGAGCUGACCAGAGUUAAGAAAGAAGCCGGGGCUUUGGAGCGGGUGGAGCUUGAUGCCUGCAGACAACAGCUGGAACUGGAGAGGAACAGAAGCCAAACUCUGCAGCAGAGACUUAUGGGAAACCCUAUGUCUCUGGAGGAGAUGGAUGGAGAGCUGGUGCAGCUGAAGGCUGAGCUGCAGAAGGUGUGGGAGAUGCUGAAGAACCGUGACACUGAGCUGGAGGAGCAGCAACAUGAGCUGCAGUCUGCUCGUGGAAAGGUGACUCAGCAGAACAGCGAGGUACAGAGACUGGAGCAACAACUGGCUAAGAGAGAUCAGGAAUUGAAACAAAGAGAUCUUUUCCUAACGGAUUUGAUGACACAGAGAGACACAGAGAAAACUGAGGCCCAAAUCAAGAUAACGGCUCUUGAAGAUGAGCUUGCCGGACUAAAAGAUCUGAAAACCAUCCAGAAGAUGAGCACUCAACAUGACUCUCAGCCCAUAGACUCCCUGUUGGAAGCAGAGAGCAAUAGGACAACCGAGCAACUAAAGCAGGAAAAAGAACAUGAUCUGCUAAAAGUGCAUAGUGUAAAAGAUCCCCAGCAGGGAAAAGGAGAGAGGCGAUCACCAUUAAUGAAGAGAAAAGAGACAGCAGUAAGGUCUGAUAUCAUAGAUCCUGACCAACAGAGGAGACUAAUCACUGAUCAGCUGAAAAGUCUGUUUAAAGGGAGGGAACAGAUGGAUGAUAUGGCGCCUCCCAUGAUCCAGAGAAGAACUGGCUCAGUACUGGAUUAUGGCUCCAAGUCACCUAAAGUGAUCAAGAAUACCGUGGACACAGUAAGAAGUGAGGUGAAGAGGCAACAGAAAUGUGGACUUGAUUCAGGUGUUCAUGAGAAGACAGGAGAACCCACUGCAGAACAAGUUGCUCCCGAUAAAGAACCCCAGCAGCUCAACUGCAGCACUAAUCAAUAAAACUAAAAUGUCCACAGCAGAUCUGGGAGUUCCAGCAAAGUCUAGCAUGGAUAUAGCACAAACCUGUGUGCUAUUUAAUUAACAAAGAGGAGGCCCUGAAAAUGAGACCACCCCUGUUGUGUGUGGAUGGAAUAUUCCUAGCCUGGCAGGUUGAGGGGUGUGACUCGGAGCUGGAGGAGGAUGAGGAAUAUACUCAGGGUGUGCAGGAGGGCACUGACUUGUACUUGACUGAAUAAGUGUGAAGGUGGAACAGGGCCUCAUUAUUUUAAAUAUCACAAUUUUAUUACGUGUUGAAUGUUAAGGUUCCAGGUACAUUAUUGUAUAGUGAAAUAAUUUUUGAGAAACCCUCCAGCAAAUUCUUUUCUCAGAGAGACAGGAGGUUUGCUGAAUAUUCAAAUUAUUGUAAUGGAAAUCUGAUACAAGCAGAAAAAUCAGUGUCUGGUUCAUCUGACGUAUUUAUGGGAUACAUGAAUUAUAUACCCUAAAUGGCACAAUUACUGAAACAAAAAUUUAUUUCAGACAUUAAGUUAUUAAGGCAGAUUUAGAACCCUAGAAUACAUGGCUAGAUUAGAACAUGACAGUCUUAACCCUGGCCUCAUUUAACACCUAACCAUUAAAUCUACAUUUGGAGCAAUAAGCUAUAUCAACUUAGAGGCAUGUGCUGCUAAACAAAGCACCUUUGAAAUUUUGCAUAAGUUAAUGUGCAAAAGUUUGUGACACUUCCAGAGUAGAUUAUUUUAAAAAAAAUAGAAAACAAAUUAGAAAAACAUUGUACUCUUUCUAUCAUCGAGCUUGCGAACUGUCUCAGCACUGAGGUUAGAUGCUUGCCUUCAAAAUUCUUCUUGCACCAAACAAUAAAAAAAUAAUAAAUGGCCUGAAAUUAUCUGUCAACUUUACUGGUUUAGCUACAAAGCAAUGGCCUGGCGUAUCGUUGUGCUUAUGCUGAUGUGAUUUGCUAAUAGUUUGUAAUUAUUAUUUAAUAAAACUGGCAUAACAUGUUCCAGUAUCUCAAUCACUAAACCUUGUUGUUGAUGAUAUACCUGUGACAUUUGAUGUGAUCCAGAGAUUUCACACCAUUUGUCAGUUCUCUGUAUGUGAAAUGAGUCAAUAUCUCCACAGAAAUUACUUUUGGAUUAGAGUAUGAAGAAAUGAACCAGAUAUAAAUAUAAAGUCCAUUGACCAUUUUAAUUCAAAAUUAGUAUCAAAGAUUGAUAUAACAUUCUAUCACAGAAUGAGUGGUCUGUACUAGGCCCUUCUCAUCUGAAUCAAUUCUUUAUCAUCAUAAUCCCGGUCAUCACACAAGCAUCCUUUGCAACAGACCAGCAGCACUAUGU